AUGUCAGAAGUUGAAGAAAAGCCUGUUGAUGCAACAACACCGGUGCAAACGCCAUCGUCGGAGUCAUUCUUUGAUAAGAAUAUUUCACCUAUUCCAAUAAAGGAAGAUGGUGGCAAACUUUCACAACACGAGCAUGCAGAUAGACCAUUAUCUCCACCUAAUCCUUCUCCCAGUCCUGUGAAGCAUAAACUUGAAGAUGAUGAAAAGGAGGAAGAGACAAAAAAGCAAAAGGUGGGUGAUGAAGCUGAAACUAGUGUUGUUGGGAGUGGAGAAGCUGCUACAGCUUCCGUAGAUGAAGCGGUGACGAAAGAUGCUGGUGCUGGUGCUGAAGCUGAAGCAAAGGUAGAAGGCGAGACUGACAAGGCUCCUGCUCCUCCUGCAGAUGAAGCAGGCGCUGGAUCGGCAGCCCCAGCUUUCACUGACCCAGCUCCAAAGCCAGCUGCUGAACCAGAUAUGGACAACCUCCCAUCGAACCCAAUGCCAAAGCAUCAAGCUAAAUUUGCCUUGAAUUCGAUUAAAGCCAUUAAAAGAUUGAAAGAUGCCGGACCAUUCAUUCACCCUGUUGACAUCGUCAAGCUUAAUAUCCCAUUUUACUACAACUACAUUCCACGUCCUAUGGAUCUUUCUACGAUUGAGAGAAAAAUCAAUGCAGAUGCAUAUGUUGAACCAAAUCAAGUUAUAGAAGACUUCAAUUUAAUGGUUGCCAACUGUUGUAAGUUUAACGGAGAAAGUUCGCCAAUUUCUAAGAUGGCAAAGAAUAUUCAAGCACAUUUUGAGAAGCACAUGUUGAAUAUGCCACCAAAGGAUCUCCCAAACAAUGGAACUACUACUGUACCAGCCAAUUCUAGAAGAAGGGCUGUAGUUGCCGAUGCAAAUGGUGCUGCUAGUCCUAGUGCAGCUACAGCAGGUGCUGCUACAGCUACAGUUGUAGCAAAUAGAAAAGAAUCUGUUGCUGGACAAAGACCAAAGAGAACUAUUCAUCCUCCAAAGUCUAAAGAAUUACCUUACGAUGUGAGACCUAGGAAGAAGAAAUUCGCUGCUGAUUUAAGAUUCUGCAAUCAGACUAUAAAGGAAUUAACAUCAAAGAAGCAUUUCAGUAUCAAUUUCCCAUUUUUGGCACCAGUUGACCCAGUUGCCUUAAAUAUUCCAAAUUAUGGCGAGAUCAUUAAAGUGCCUAUGGAUUUGGGAACCAUUCAAACUAAGUUGGCCAACAAUCAAUAUGAAAAUGGAGACCAGUUUGAAAGAGACGUGAGAUUAGUCUUCAGCAACUGUUAUAUCUUUAAUCCAGAAGGAACGGAUGUAAAUAUGAUGGGUCAUAGGUUGGAAUCUGUUUUUGACAAGAAAUGGGCUAACAGACCAGUGCCUGAACCAACGCCACCACCUUCGGAAUCCGAAGAGUCAGAGUCAGAAAGUGAAGAAGAACCAGAAAUUAAUGAAUCGAUGUUAUCUGAUAUUCCAGCAAUCAAAUUCUUGGAAAACCAAGUAAAUAGAAUGAAACAAGAAUUGGAAUUGUUGAAGAAGGAGCAUUUGCAAAAAUUAAGAGAACAAAGAGCUGCAGCUAAAAAGAAGAAGAAGAGAUCGAAGAAGUCCAAGCCUCGUAGUAAGUCUCAUUCUAUACUUCCAGCUCGUGAACAGCCUGUUGUUACGUAUGAAAUGAAGAAGCAAGUUAGUGAAAUUGUUCCACAAUUACCUGAUAAAAAAUUACAAGCUCUUAUCAAGAUUAUUAAGGAUGAUAUUGAUUUGAGUAACGAAGAAGAGGUUGAAUUGGAUAUGGAUCAAAUUGAAGACAGAACCGUCCUCAAGCUUUACAACUUCCUCUUUGGCAAAAAGGCUACUUCAGGAAAUAAAAAGAAGAAGAAACUUUUAAUUGGAGGUGCCGAUGAAAUGGAACAAUUGAGAAGUCAAUUGCUUCUUUUCGAAGAUGCCGACAAGGGAUCUUCCUCAAAUGCUAAUAAUGGAUAUAUGAAUAUCAAUAAUGAUCAAGAAUCCUCUUCAGAUGACGCAAGUUCAGAAAGUUCAGAAGAAGAAUAA